CUAUCAUUAUACAUUGCACCCAGGUCAUUGUCCGUGCGCUGAGAAAUAAACGUUUUUCCCUAUCAAUCUGCGUAUUGGUCCGCUUAUAUAAGCAAGCAGCUUUAUAACCAUAGCUUGGUUCAUUUUCUACUAGUUUGUCCCUUCGUCGUCUUGCUCGUCGUCCGAACCCUUUGGUAGGAAAGACAUCCACAAAAAAAUAAAACAUAAAACACAAACACAAAAAUGCCAUCGCCCAUGGCUCUCAAUCCGCCGUCGCCGUCACCCUCGAUAUUCAAGAAAAAGUCGCUGAGCUCGCUCCCAUCCAUGGCAACCGCAGCGUCUUACCUUUCCGCCGUAUCAGAGGCAGAUGCACGCGCUCGACACCACGAAGUCUCCCCGACAUCGACCCCUGCGUUGUCCAUGUCUUCCUCUGUCACAUCCUCUUCAGAAGACACCGUUCUCCACGAGAACGAUCUCGACGACAGCGGCCUUGCCUAUCCCCUCACGCCCCCAACCUCUGAGCAGGUAUUUACCACCGUUCAUACAGAGUUCGGCCAUUGCGCCAACGAAAGUUUCCGUUAUGCCUCCCAACAUACUCCCGAAUCAACGCUUGAAACACACUACGAGGACCCGCCCUAUUAUAUUUUCAUUACCACAUAUAUGAGCUACCUCAUGCUCCUCUGUCUCGGACACAUCCGUGACUUCUUUGGUAAACGUUUCCAACCACGAUACUUCAAACAUCUUAUGCCCUACGAUGGUUAUGCGCCCUUAAAUUCUGACUUCGAUUCCUUCUAUACCAGACGGCUCAAACGCCGAAUGGACGAGUGUUUCUUCCAGCCCGUCACUGGCGUUGCCGGUCGCACAAUUGCCAUCCUAGACCGCUACUCUCUUGAUUUUAAUGAAUCGUACUUAUACAGUGGUUCCAAGACCCGUGCCCUCAACAUUUCAUCAUAUAAUUAUCUCGGAUUCGCACAAGCCCGUGGAGGCUGUGCUGAUGCGGUGGAAGAGUCUCUCCGGCGGUACGGUGUUUCUACAUGCGGAACGCGCCUCGAGAGUGGGACGAGCGAGCUUCACGUUAUCGGCGAGGCACUGGUGGCUAGAUUCAUCGGCAUGGAGGAUUCAUUGAUCAGCUCCAUGGGAUUCGCGACCAACUCUACCUUCAUUCCUGCACUCGUUGGCAAAGGCUGUCUCGUCAUUUCUGACGAACUUAACCACGCUUCGAUCCGAGUAGGAGUACGCUUGAGUGGAGCACAGGUCCGGAUGUUCAAGCACAAUGAUAUGGAAGCUUUGGAAUCACUGCUACGAGAGGUUAUCAGUCAAGGCCAGCCCAAGACUCACCGACCCUGGAAGAAGAUUUUGCUCAUCGUAGAAGGCCUGUACAGUAUGGAAGGUACACUCGUUAAUUUGCCUGCAAUCAUUGAGCUGAAGAAGAAGUACAAGUUUUACCUCUUCGUCGACGAGGCUCACUCUAUUGGUGCCUUAGGCCCGCACGGCCGUGGGAUUACCGACUACUUUAACAUCAACCCACGUUCGGUCGAUAUCCUCAUGGGUACUUUCACCAAGUCAUUUGGUGCAGCUGGUGGUUACAUCGCUGGUCCUAAAGUCCUUAUUGAUGCUCUUCGCGUACGAGGCCACUCUGGCGCGUAUGCAGAAGCUAUGACUCCUUCGGUCCUGACCCAAGUUAUCGCCAGUAUGGCUAGCAUCAUGGGUGUUGCCCCUCCUCCACCUUCCACCAAAAGCGCGUUGACACUCUCGCCUUCUUCCUCGACGGCCACCCUCAGAGCUUCCGACUCGGAGGAACAUCCCGGUCUCGCCCCUGCCUCUGCUCUCCCGUCAUGGCUGUCACUUCCCCUUGCUCUUCGCGAUGGUUCUGAGGGCCACUCACGCCUGCGUCGCCUUGCCUUCAACUCUCGUUAUCUCCAUUGUGGCCUGAAAAAGCUUGGGUUCAUCACUUACGGUCACCCCAAUUCUCCCAUUGUCCCUCUCCUCGUCUUCAACCCUGGUAAGAUGCCCGUCUUUGCAAGGCUCAUGCGCACACGACAAACGCCCAUCGUUGUGGUCGUCGUCGCCUACCCGGCAACUCCUCUCGUGACAAGUCGAGUGCGAUUCUGCGUGAGCGCUUCGCAUACCAAAGAAGAUAUCGAUGUGAUAUUGAGAGCGUGUGAUGAGUUUGGAGAUUUGCUCGACUUGAAACAUGCAUCUGGAGAGAGAUGGCCAUUGGAGGAAAUUAUGAAGAGAAGCGUGGAGCUGGUGAAUAUGCCAUAGAGGGUAACUGGGCGUUCGGGGAGGGAUUUGGAGAUGUGAGAUGUAAUGGAAAGUGGAGAAAUGAAGAAUAUAUUAUAGCGCGCUGCGUUUUGAGUACUGCAGUGCAUUCAUAUACCUACUUACAGAUUCGAAAUGCGUUUGCAUGUUGGGCUUUUUCAGACUUUGGGAGGACGGGCUGUCUUUCUUUCUAUAGAUUUAGGUAGUUUUCUUCGCCUUGUUUGCACGAACAAGGCAGGACUUAUACAUUCGUUUGCACAUAAUUUAAUGUCCUUGUUAUUGUGGAUUUGUCUGCCUUGAUUCUUGUGGUAUGCGAGUGUUAGCUUUCGACCUUG